AUGGAGUCUGACAAAAGUCUCAUGAGCUCUGCAGGAACAUCAGGGCCCUGCUUCAGUGUUAAAGAGAUUUCCGUGUGUGAUGAGGACAAAUUCAGACACAACGAGUUCAUCGGGGAAACGAGAAUCCCUCUCAAGAAGCUGAAGCCCAACCAAAUCAAAAACUUCAACAACUGCCUGGAGAAACAGCUGCCGGUGGGUCUGACUGAAGUAGCUCUAAAUGUGAUUUCAUGGUUAAUAAAGACCCAGAUCCCCCAUGGCUUCCCCACUAUCGAUAUGGGUCCCCAGCUGAAGGUGGUUGAGAAGACCAGAACUGCCACCAUGCUGUGUGCCGCCAGCGGAAACCCAGACCCAGAGAUAACCUGGUACAAGGACAUGCUUCCUGUGGACAUCAGCAGCAGCAACGGGCGCAUUAAACAGCUUCGUUCAGGAGCUCUGCAAAUCGAGAUCAGCGAGGAGUCCGACCAAGGAAAAUAUGAAUGUGUUGCCUUGAACAGCGCUGGGACCCGUUACUCAUCUCCUGCCAAUCUCUACGUACGAGGUAAA